AUGGCCCCCUCCGACGAUAUCCGGGUUGGAGACCAGGUCAACGUCCCCGGGGGCAUGUAUGGAUCGGUUCGCUUCCUGGGAAUUGUCGAUGGCAAGCCUGGCCGCUUUGCUGGCAUCGAGCUUGCCCCCGAGCACGCCGCCAGGGGUAAAAACAACGGCGACGUCGACGGCCGCAGCUAUUUUUCCACCGCCAUCGCCGGCGCCGGCAUCUUCGUGCCCAUCAACAACUCCAAGUAUGUGACCAAGCGGACUGUGGUCACGCCGCCGACCCCGUCGCGUCCCUCUAUCUCGACCAACUUCAGCAAGUCCGUUGGGCCGCCGUCGAUGCCCCGGCCUCGAGUCCGUCGCCCGUCGCUGCCUCGACCAGAGUCGCCUCGAAGUGCGCCGCCUAACAAAUUGAACUUUAACGGCUUGCGCAGUCCGUCGUCGUCUGUGGGCAAGCCGGCGUCAGGUAGUCUUUCGGCCGGAAGCAAUGGAAUGCCGCGUACUCCGUUCAAGACACCUUCGAGGCUGUCCAACCGACCUUCGUCUAGGAUGAGCCAGGACGGCGGAGACACGCCAACGUCAGUAAGGUUUCCGUCUGACUUUGGCGGUCCUUCUUCCCACGAGCUUCAGGACAAAAUCAAAAGGCUAGAACAGGAGCUGCAGGACCGUGAUAAGCAGUUGGAGGAUCAGUCGUCCGUCCUGAAUGAGCUACAGCAGAGCAUUACCGAAAUCGAAGGCCAGGAUGGAGCCUCAAUGCGUGCACAGCUCAGAGAGAAGAACGAAAAGAUUUCCCAAUUGACGGCCGAGUUCGACAGCCACCGCGCCGACUUCCGCAGCACGUUGGAUACCCUGGAAAUCGCUGCAACCGAGACCGAAAGAGUCUACGAGAAGAGACUAGACGAGGUUAUGCAACAAAACCGAGAACUGCAGGACCGCGGCGAAGAUGUCGAGGCAGUGGCCAUGCAGCUGAAGCAACUCGAGGAGCUGGUUUCCGAGUUAGAGGAGGGUCUGGAGGAUGCCCGCCGCGGCGAGGCCGAAGCUCGCGGAGAGGUCGAGUUCUUGCGCGGCGAGGUGGAACGAACGCACCUGGAGCUGCAGCAGGAGCGUGACAAGUCAGCAGCUGCAUUGAAGGACGCCGAGUCACGCCGCAACACGAAAGAGGUGGACCAGAAAGAUGAUGAGAUCAGAGGCCUGAAGGCGAUCAUCCAUUCUUUGAGCCGAGGAGAUGUGAAUCCAGCUUUAUUAACACAGAACGGACCAGGAACCCCUAAUGGCAAGGCCGAGUCAGACCAGGACCCAGAGCGAGUGUCUCAGCUCGAGCAGCGCAUUCAAGAGCUUGAGGUAUUGGCCGAAACACGCUCAGCGCGCAUUGAAGAGCUGCAGCGCGAGUCGCAACGAGAUACGCCUCCAAACCAGAACCGCAACUCGGCCGGACGAAACUCGGCGGGGCGAAACUCUGUCAACGGAGUGAGGAGCAGGAGCGGUACAGUCACCAUCGCUCCUCUCCGGCAGAUGAGGGCUUCUGUGUCGGCUAGAGGAAGCCGUGGUCCUCCAGCUAACCAUGUCCAUACUCUGUCCGACAGGACUGUUGUGCCGCCAGAUUGGCAAGAUUCGCCGACUGCUGAAGAACAGACUCCUCACAAUACUUAUCUCGAGACUGCUCAUAUCGCCGAAGACGACGAUGGCCACUCUGACCAACAGUCCUCCGAGCAUGGUUCGCUGUGGUGUGAAAUCUGCGAGACCAACGGCCAUGAUAUUCUGACCUGCACCACCUUUGGAGCUAAUAGUAGUGGAUCCUCGCAGCAACUAGAGAAUCUUGCUGAACCCGAGACAACGAAAACCAACCUGCCAAAAUCCCCCCAAAUCCCCGAAGACCUGGAAGAGUCUGCCUCUAAGGGUGUGAAGCCCACUGCUGAUGAUAGCCCGCCGUUGCCAAAAGCAAACCGAGACGCUGUUCUCGAUGGCUUGAAGGGAAUCGGUGGCAUUACUAGCUCUAUGGGCGCUGUGGCCGGUAAGGCAUCUGGUGUCAUUGAUGAGAGCAAGUGGUGCGCAUUGUGCGAGCGAGACGGCCACGAGAGCAUCGACUGUCCGUUCGAUGAAUAA